AUGUGGGUGAAGAAUGGAGGCCUUGACCUCAUUGAUUUGGUAAACGAGUAUUUUGUUGCAAGGUUGUACAAUGAAGAUGAUUAUUGGCAUGUCAUGGAAGGGGGACCAUGGCUGCUCUUCAACCAUUAUCUCACCAUCCAAAGAUGGACAUCGGACUUUCACCUUUUUGGAGCUGAGAUUAACAAAGUGGAUGCAUGGGUCCAACUCCCAGAUUUACCCAUAGAAUACUAUGAAAAAAGAUUCUUAGGUAAAGUAGGAGACCAAAUAGGAAAGACCCUCAAGGUGGCCUUGAAUACUGCAAAUCAAGCCAGAGGUAAAUUCGCCCGUCUUUGUGUGGAAUUGGACUUAAGCAAACUCUUGGAUGCUAAAUAUUUGGUAAAUGGAGUUACUUAUCAUAUUGAAUAUGAGGGGCUACACAUGAUCUGUUUCUCUUGUGGAAUGUUUGGCCAUAUUAGUGAUGGGUGCAUGUCCAAAACCAUGGAAAGAGAGGAGAGAGGAGUCCAAGUCCAGAAGCAACCAGAAGCGGUGGAGGAGGAAGGCUCCCAACAACAACAACUGGGGCACGGCGAGAGCAUUCCAAGAGACAAGGAAGCAAAAAAGGACAAAAAGACAAUUGGUAGAAAAAGAGGGAAAUGGUACGAAAAGCAAGGGGACAAAGCGAAAGACAUAGUAGAGGCAGUGGGAGGAAAUUCAAGGUACGAGGUACUAACAGAGCAUUCCAAUGUCAAUGAUGAGAAUAUGAAUAGCCAAGCCACUUUACUCAGGAAUACCCCGCAGGAGAUGACAAAAGAGUUCUUAAAUGAGAAUCAAAUGAGGAGAGCAAAAGUCCAAGCUAACUGCAAUCAUAUGGAACAAAAUUGCCUGAAGAUUGCAUCCACCUAA